AAAGAGAAUAUCGAACACCAACCAACCCUUUGCCGACGGAUGGUGUGCCAGCAGCCAGGUUGAAUGGAUCUAAUACUGUGACAUCCGCCAGGAUCAGCACACAACAGUCGCACAUGAAGCAGAAUCAAGUAAAGCAGUCUCUUGAUGCUCUCAUGAAGAGUACUCUACCAGACUUAAUCAACUCUGGGGAUGCUAAGACAGGUCAGGUUUCCCCGCAGAGUGAUAGCAAGCUAUCGACCUCAAGUGAAGAUCUCUCCCAUUCUUGGCAUGGUGGUUCAGGUGACCAGAGUAGGAAUGGUAGACCACUCCUCUCUAGAUUAAGAACAUCUCAUUCUACCGACUAUGCAGUGCAAAGUACAAAUAACAUGAAGCAUCAAAGGCAUAGCAGUGAGAAUAGCCCACUGAAUAUGAAACUAUCGUCAUCCAUCAAGAGCCAAGAUGAUGAGGUUCUUCAUAGGCCUUUAUCGAGCAGUAGAAGCACCGUCUUGUCUAUGCCAGUCUUCAUGCGGAAGCUACGACCAACAGGACAUGUUCCAGGAGGAGAGGUAUCCGUUCACGUUGAUCUGAUAAACCAUCAUGAUGACAUGGAAGGAGAGGUUGAUUCUUUCCUACCUAGACUCAACUCAGACUCCAGUCUCAGUAGCACCACGUCAUCUGAUGUAGUCUGGUCUGAUGUUGAUCACCAGGACGGUCCAGAUGUAGGCCCUAUGUACAAACGCAGGGCUGGGAUACUCAAUCGAACUCGCAGAACCGGAGAGGGUUACCGCAAAUCGCGUAACCGUCACAUCAAAUUUGCUUUGGAUGAAGACAACUGCCCCUCAAGCCCUAGCUCGGAUGCAUCCUACCAUCGUAGAGAUCUCUCUCCAAUCUAUGAGUCUGAAUCCCAUCGGCAGCAGCGUGAGCAGAAUGCAGCUGAAUUCCACAGUCCUGUGAACAAUGCCUCUCCUUGUGAAUAUAAUCCUCCUAUGCUUGGUCAUCGUGAGUACAGAGUGAACUUCUACAGCAGUGAUGAUGAUGAUUAUGAGACAGAGUCACCUCUGCCUCAAGACAGUCCGCCCAUUUCAGGAUCUAACUUAUCACAUGCUCAGGAUCGUCCAGUUGAUGAGAUUCUACAAGAUUCUGUCCUUGAUGGUCAGGAAGAAACUGACAAGUUUUGGUAUGAGAGUUCUGAAGAGGAUGAUGAAAGUGCAAACGGGCAAAGCUUGAGUGCUUCCAUUGGAGGUACAGCAGAGAGACACAUCUGCUAUCUCUGAAGACAUCAACGAUCAGGACAGAAAGCACCACUCAAUGCACCUUGCUUCCUGGAGGGUUGUAACAGGAAGGGCUUAGGUGCAUUCCAUAGAAGUACAGCAGAGAGUCGCAUUGUACUCGAUCUGAAGAUAUCUUUCAUCGUGUCAGGGGAGACCGCUGUACACACGUCUCGCUGUCUUCAAACGGUACAGUAGGCACAGCUUGAGGUAGUCAAACAGAAGUACAUCACUCAGACACAUCAGACAUCUCUGAAGACGACAUC